AUGGGCGCUGGCGGCCCCAGGCCGGCCGCGGGCCCCCCAGACGGCGGCUGGGGCUGGGCGGUGCUGGGCGCUUGCUUCGUGGUCACCGGUUUCGCCUACGGCUUCCCCAAGGCCGUGAGCGUCUUCUUCCGCGCGCUCAUGCGCGACUUCGGUGCGGGCUACAGCGACACGGCCUGGGUGUCCUCCAUCAUGCUCGCCAUGCUCUACGGCACUGGCCCAGUGUCCAGCAUCCUCGUGACUCGCUUUGGCUGUCGCCCGGUCAUGCUGGUGGGUGGGCUAUUGGCCUCUGCGGGCAUGGUCCUAGCAUCCUUCGCCACGCGCCUCGUGGAGCUAUACCUGACGGCUGGGGUGCUCACAGGCCUGGGCCUGGCCCUCAACUUCCAGCCGUCGCUCAUCAUGCUGGGGCUGUACUUCGAGCGGCGGCGGCCUCUGGCCAACGGGCUGGCGGCGGCCGGCAGCCCGGUGUUCCUGUCGGCGCUGUCGCCGCUCGGCCAGCAGCUGCUCGAGCGCUUCGGCUGGCGCGGCGGCUUCCUGCUGCUCGGCGGCCUCCUGCUGCACUGCUGCGCGUGCGGCGCCGUCAUGCGGCCGCCCCCGGGGCCCGGCCCGCGGCCACGCGGGGACAGCGCAAGCGACGCUCCGGGGGAGGUGGAGACGGACGGCGCCGGGCUGCGCCUGCGCGAAGCGCCCCCUGGCGGCCGGACCCGGCGGCGCCUGCUGGACGUGGCCGUGUGCGCCGACCGCGCCUUCGCGGUGUAUGCCGUCACCAAGUUCCUGAUGGCGCUCGGGCUCUUCGUGCCCGCCAUCCUGCUGGUGAACUACGCCAAGGACGCGGGCGUGCCCGACGCCGACGCCGCCUUCCUGCUCUCCAUCGUGGGCUUCGUAGACAUCGUGGCGCGGCCGGCGUGCGGCGCCCUGGCCGGCCUGGCGCGCCUGCGACCGCACGUCGCCUACCUCUUCAGCCUGGCCCUCGUGGCCAACGGGCUCACGGACCUGAGCAGCGCGCGCGCGCGCUCCUACGGCGCCCUUGUCGCCUUCUGCGUCGCCUUCGGCCUCUCCUACGGUAUGGUGGGCGCGCUGCAGUUCGAGGUGCUCAUGGCGGCCGUGGGUGCGCACCGCUUCCCCAGUGCGCUGGGCCUGGUGCUUCUCGUCGAGGCCGUGGCUGUGCUCAUCGGACCGCCCUCUGCCGGCCGCCUGGUGGAUGCACUGAAGAACUAUGAGAUCAUCUUCUACCUGGCUGGCUCCGAGGUGGUCCUGGCAGGGGUUUUCAUGGCUGUCGCCACCAACUGUUGUCUGCGCUGCUCUCAGGACGCCCCGCCCAGCUCAGGCACAGAGGGCGGGGCCAGCGACACCGAGGAUGCUGAGGCCGAGGACGCAGAGGCUGAAGGGGACUCUGAGCCCCUGCCCACGUGCUCCGAGGAGCCCGGUGGCCUCGAGGCCCUGGAGGUGCCGAGCCCAGGGGCUGGGCCCUCAGAACCCGAGGUGGAGGCAGAGCCAGGGGUGGACCCCGAGACUGUGUAG